AGAUGCAUUUUCAAGAUUUCUAGAAGAGACAUACACGAAGCAAAAGCUUGGCUUUGCCUAAGAUAGAAAUUAUCAAAAAGACAGAACCAUGUCCUACCAUUAAAAAAAAAGAAGAAUAAUCUUCUGACAAACAGAGAAAAAUUAUUUAUUGUUCCUAUCAAAGGGAUUUGAAAUAAGUAUACUAAAAUAGUAAUUAUUAGAUGAAAAGAUCCUUUGAAAUAGCAUAAAAACUAGAUUAGGAUGAUCAUCGAAUAAUGAAGUAGAAAACCUUAGACAUAAAACCAAAAUAAAAAGUACCUCAAAAGCACGAUGACAAUACAUUUCUAACUUAUGUUUGA